GAUUUUUUUUUUUUCCCUUCUAUCCGAUAUCUUUUCUUUGGUUUAGUUUCAAGUUUUGAUGAUAAAGUAUUAGAAUUUUAGGGAUCUGAUCGAGGUGAAAUCAUCGGUGGUUUUCUUUCAUUUGAGCUAAAUCGGUGGUGAUUUGAGCCUAAAUAAUACUUGUAGUCUGAUUUCCAAUGUAGAUUAGUAAAAGAAUAGAUGAAGAUGGGGGACGGGUGGGGAUUAAAUUAUUGUUCUGACUGAGAGCUAUUUAAUAUUUAAUUCACCUCUUUACAAUUUAGUAUGGCUAGCUGAAUCUAGUUUGACAAGGAAACUAACAACCCAGUCAUACAAGUCUACAUUUCAGCUGAACAAAUAACUUCUUGAUUAUGAUCCUAUCCAAAAUUGCUGUAUGGAAUCAGUUCAUUGGAAAGUUUGUGGAUAUGUGUGUGUAUAGUAGAGCUAAUAUUUGGACGGCUACACAGUAGCCCAGAUAAGGUUGGUCCUGACCAGAUGACUGGGGCCCAACACUGAUGAUCUGAGCCUUUGGACUGCGAUCAGUAAUCUCUAAACUACUUACUGCUAAAAACUCAUGUAAUUUGGAGUUUCUUAGUCUAUGCAUCCAGUGGUGAAAAAAAAGGUAUUGUUCAUGUUAUUUAAAUUGUCAAUUUUUUAAAACUAGAUGUAUAAGGGAUGCAUAGGCUAGGGAUCUCCAAAUUACAUGAUUUUUUUGAUAGCAAGCAGUCGAUCACAUCAAAUUACUUGGAUUGUUGAUGCUGAUCUCUUGGUCAUCUGGUCAAGAUUGAUGGGUGCCCAUAAAUUAGCUCUAUACACACUCUCUCUUUACGUACAUACAUAAAUUUGACUUGAAAUAUUUUACUAUUUCAAUAAAAUUCAAUGAUAUUUAAUGAAACAUAUACAUAGAAAUAUAGGGAAUGAGAUACCUAAUGCAAGCAUUCUACUCUUCCUAAGAGGAAUUAUGUCUCAAAUGGCUUCUUGUCUUCCUUCACUUAUUGCUCUUAAUUGCAAGUGGCAUUUACAUUAAUUAUUUAUCUACUAGGAAUAGCGUUGAUAUUCUUCUUUGUAUUUACUAGGUAUGUUUGCAAGAUUUCCAAGUUUCUUGUCUUCCUCUUCUUAAUCCACCUCCUGUGCUUUAUCAUGGUUUUGGUCCUUCUUGGUUCCUCAUUCUUUUCCUUUCUGCCACUGCUCACCAUAUAUGACAUCAGGCAUUUUAUUAUCCUAGCAACACCUAAAAAAUCAUAAGGGAUUCUGCUCAUUUGAUUGUAGAAUAAAUCUAAACUGUAUAUCAUCUAGAACUCUCAACCCUAGAUAAACUAAAUUCCUGUUAAAUCUCUCUCCUUUUCUCUGUUUCAAGAAAUAUCUGAGCAAACCAGAGAAACUUGCCAUUAAGCUCCUAUAAGAUGUAGGAGACUGAUGAGACUCAAGAGCAUAGCCUAAAUAUUCUGAUGAGUUAACUCUCUUCGCGUCUCCAGUCCUUCUAGGUACUAAAAAGAUCCAAUGAUAAAAUCAAUAAUGGAAGAAUCUUAGGAAAUUUUGGUGGAAAGGAAUCUUCACAACAAAAAAAAAAGAAUUUCUCAAUGGUAUCUGCUGUUCCCUACUUUCUCAUUGUAAUAAAUAUGAACACAUGUAUAUGUAUGUUUGUAUGUUUGCAUGUAUAUGUAUAUAUGCAUGCUUACAUUCUCAUUGUAAUAAAUACAAACAUAUUGUAUACGAAUAUAUGUAUGUUUGCCUAUAUGUAUUGUGCAUGCUUGUACUCCUGAGCCUCAUUAUCAAUACAGAAAAUUUGUAUAGGGCAAACAAUAGCUUGCAUGUAUAACACCACUAUACAAGCUUAUAUUAUCCAGUUGCAAACUCAUGAAGAAUGAUAUUAAGAAUGUACUUUAUGCUAUGCAUGUAUAAAGUAUAUGCUACUACCUUACGUUAUCCAGUAACAAACUCUUGAAAGAAUGAUAUUAAGAAUGUAUUUUAGGCUAUGCAUGUAUAAACUCCAUGCUACCACCAUAUCUGGCUUAUCUCUGCCACCUCAGAUUAUGUUUUUUCUAAUUUAUUUUGUGGCAUUAUUUUUUUUUUUUCCGGUGCUUGCUGAGUAUUCUUACCAUCUAUCAUAUAUGGAGCUAUAAACCUUGAUAACUAUGUUGCUUGUCCAUCAUUUUUUUAGUAAUUCUUUUGCAGUAAUGAUGCAUCAUGAAUUCAUGAUCACUAGUCGAUGCUUUUACUUAAAUUGAGUGAUCUUUCACAUGCCACACCAAAUAUUAUAAGCCACUGGACAUGCUGCCAGCCUGCUACUCAUCUUUUCAGCAUAUCUUCAGUGCUUUACCCAUAAUAUCUGUCUCUCUCUCGGAUUUGGUUCGAAUUUUCAGAACAUACACAUGAGGAAUGGCAGAAUAUUUUUGAACCACUUGGUAGUGCUUGGCGCAGUGAUAAAUCCUUUCAAUAUUUCUACUUGUGUUUCUUUUGAUAGUUACAUAGUCGGUGAUUUGAAUGUGGCAUAGUAAUGGAUUGAUAACGUUUUGUACAUGCUGCAAUUUCCUAGAACAUCCUCCUCUAGUGUCUGUUGCCAAUUUCAGACUCUGAUUCACCAGUUAUCCAUCUUGGCAAGAGAGGUGAAGGGCUUCGCUACUUCCUUUUUGCUUGCACAUCGAGAAAGUUCCUCCCAAAAUAUGCAACUUAUGUCUGCUGUGUAAUUUCUAUCAUAUCAACCCUUAAGCACGUGUUCUGGCAAUGAAAUAUGAGGUGGGGAUGGCAUGCAGCUAGCUCCAAGUAAGUGGAAUGAGGCUUUGUGGGCAUCGUGGCUGAUGCCAGCAUGUUGACCUAAGGAGUUUUGAACCAGUCAAGUGCUUUUGAAGCUGCUUUUGUGCAUGUGUGCAUGCAUCUAGGCUGGCACAUUCAUGCCAAUCAGCUAUUCUGUUUGAAUUUCUUGGUUUGUGGAUUCUAGAAGGGCCAUUUCUCAUGAAGCCUUUGAUAUUCUCCACAGUUGAAGGAUGUGCCAUAGUGGCUGUUUGUUGCCUUUUUGAACCUCUGGAUCCAUUGUCCCCCAUCAUCUUGAUCCUGCCAGAUAUUUGCAACUCUAGCAUUUUCCUGAGAACAGAACCUCACAGUUCCGCCUAGAUUUGUAAACCAGCAUCAUUUUUGACUUUCAUUCAGGGAAGAUGGCACUUCUCUUUUCUUGAUUGGUUAGCAGUCUCAACUCUCUAUAGCCAAGAAUAUCUGAUAUAGAUGGGAGUUUACAAUAAUCCUUGGCGCUCUUUAUCUUAGUGUAAUUUAAAACAGUUCUUUGAUUUUUUUUUUUUACUUUUGUGGCAAGAUAUAUUUAUGACUUGGGGGGUUUGAUGAAAACCCCCUCCCCCCCCCCCUCAUCAUGACUUCAAUUGCCAUGCUGUACUGCUGGUCCCAAAAUAAACAACUGAUAUCUGGGCUGUUUUGAUGUAAUAAUUAUAAAAUUUGUUUGAUAAUUCCUCUGCAGGUUGAAGCAAAGAAGCAAACAUUUUCUUCAUUUGAUGAAUUGCUAGAAAAAUCUGACAAGCCAGUGUUGGUUGAUUUUUAUGCGACCUGGUGUGGUCCGUGCCAAUUCAUGGUUCCUGUUCUUGACGAAGUGAGUGAAAAAUUAAAAGGCAAAAUCCAAGUGGUCAAAAUUGAUACAGAGAAGUACAAAAGGAUUGCGAAUCACUACAAAAUUGAAGCACUGCCUACAUUCAUCAUUUUCAGGGAUGGGAAGCCCUGUGAUCGCUUUGAAGGAGCAAUGCCUGCUAAUGCGCUCAUUCAACGUGUUGAGAGUGUUCUUGCAGUCUCACAAUAGCAUGCUUGGUCUAAGUUAUGAACUCUGGGGGUAUUCUAUAAACAUGUCUGAGGAGUUGAGAUGAUGUAAUGCAGGAUGAUUUUUCCAACAGCAAAACCACAUGACAAAAGCAUAUAGUUCUUUUUUCUUGAACUUUGUAACAUAUCAAAUAUUUUACCAAUUAUUUCGGUCUGUGAAAUCUACUUGUCUGCUCCUUUGGCUUUCAGUGCCUGUUUGAUUCACCAUAUUAGUUAAAUCAUGAGACUCAAAGUGCCAUGUAAAUGUUAAUUCUCUUUGUUAUGAAUGUGCAAGAAUAGUUAUACUAGGAGUGAAUGGAGCAGUUACAAGGAGGGGGCAUGGCCGAAACAGUUGGCUCAUUGAGCAAUUUGGCGAGAUUCUGAACUCAUGUUUUGUAAUAUCCUUCCAGAUUCCUGGAUUUUUGACGGUCUUGCAUACUCUUAUUUUCUUAUGUUUUUAUUUAUUUAAGUGAAAUACAGAAAUAGUGGUCACUGGCUUAUAUAUUUUGGGACUGAGGUGCAGAAUGGGGGAAAUUUUCCUCAUGAUUAGGUAUGACAAAUUGGUCUCUCCAAAGCAUUGGCAAGUUUUGGCAUCCACCUAACCAGCUAGGCUCCUCUUCUUUUUCUUAUCAUUUUUCUUCUGAUUAUGUUUUACAUUCAUGGUGAGGUUAUGCUAACUUGAAGGAAGCAACUUUUCACUAAACAUAGUCCAACCUUGGUAAUUUGUUGGUCCUUUUAUUUUUGCCUUUGGGAAGGAUGAUAAAGUCUCUUUACAAUUGCUUUAUAUAAUUCAGUAUGGACUAUUUUAAUUUCUUGAGUUAGAUGAUGGUAGAAAGUGCUAGUUAUGAAGCUAAUAAAUUUUUUGAUAACUGCAUCGGAGACUUUAGACUUUAGUGCAAAUUCUAUCUUUAGAAAGGUCUGGAUCUUACUCGAUCCUAUUAGGCUCUUUUCAAUUCUGAUAUUUUUCGGUGAGAAAUUUACAUGACUAAUAAAAGUUGUGACGUACAAAAAAAAUUUAGUUUUGACAUCAAUUAUUUUAUUUUUGUAAUAAUUUAAACUGCCAUAAAGAGAUGGUUUAAACUCUUAGGAGGGAGAUAUGUUUUUGCUACUAAAUGCAUAUGGCAUUCUUUUUAUUAGUUUAAUUUAAUAUAGCGGUAGAGGGCGGAAAGCAAAAAAAUAAAAAAAUAAAAAAUAAAAUAAAAUAAAAGGCUUUUUUUUGACAAAAAAAUGAAAAAUAAAAAAAUAAUUCCGUCAAUUAUAUUAGAUUGGAAACCUUACCGAAUCCAUUGGACUAUGUUGGGUCAACUACAGAGGCAACUCACUGCGACUGAAUAAAUUUUGACCGUAAUAAGCCGAUACUUGCAUUCAUCUAAUAAACCGAUGCUUGGAAACACUGUAGCCAAAUCCUUUAAGCUUACGCUACAAAAGAAGAUUGGAGCAAAGAGAAACGACGAUGGAGAUGCGAGCACGCGAGGAGACGGGGUUGGCCCAAGACCUGACCCCGUACAUCCCUCCCAUCGCCGCUGCCCUCCACGAUUCCUUCCUCCCCUCCCAUUGCACCUCCUGCUUCCGCCCCUUCCAACAGCAAAAUUGUUCCGCCACUCCCCUCUCCUGCCCCGCCUGCGACGCCGCCGUUCGCUACUGCUCCCUCGCCUGCUCCGCUGCCGACUCCAUCCCCCACGCCUCUUCCGGCGAAUGCCUCCUCCUCAGCCUCCGCCCCCUCAACUCCGGCCCCACCUCCGACCUCCGCGCCGCCCUCCGCCUCCUCUACUCCCUCGACGCGCUAGGCCUCCUCACUCCCCCUCGCCGGGGCGAGUCCCCCCGGCGGAUCGGCGGGUUGCUCGCUGGCGAUCUAGAGAACGUUCUCGAAGAAGGCGGCGAGGUCGCGGAGAGGAUACGGGAGGGCGGGUCGUUGAUAUCUCGCGCGAGAAAUAGGAAGCGAGCGCGAGAUGAGAGGAGAGAUGGAGCGGUGGCGGUGGUGGAGGAGGAGGCGCUGUUGGCGGUGCUAACGAACGCCGUGGAGGUGCAGGUUAGCGAGAGGGGCGCUCUCGGGAUCGCCGUCUACGGGCCGCCCUUCUCUUGGUUCAACCACAGUUGCGCGCCCAACGCUUGCUACCGGUUCGAGCUGGCCGACCUGUCUAAGGGAACCGGUUCGUGUGAGCCGGGUUCGUUUCGGGUUUCGCCCGCUGGUACUGAAGAUGCGUCCGCUAUGUGGAAGGCAUUAAAUUAUGGUGAAGGCGGAGCGAGCCAUGUUUUGUUUCUAGGAUUGUGUAGAUAUGGGCCAAGGGUUAUAGUUCGAAGCAUCAAACCAAUCACGGAAGGUGAGGAGGUUUGCAUUACGUACACUGACCUGCUACAGCCUAAGGCAAUGAGACACUUGGACUUGUGGUCAAAGUAUCAAUUUGUUUGCUGUUGUGAACGUUGUAGUGCAUCGCAAGAGAUGUAUAUAGACCGUCUUUUAAAUUGUUAUGCUAGGGAUUUGGAUUUAGAUAACAGCGACAGCAGAGAUGCUGGAUGUGAAGAGCUAGCUGAUAUGUUAGACCAAGCUAUAUCUGAAUACACAUCAGAUGACGACCCUGAAUCUUGCUGUCAUAAGCUUGAAAGCAUGCUUUCCGGAAGCUAUGAAAACAAAAGGUUCCAAGCAGAUAAUCCUUCAGAAAGCAAGUUCAGAUUGCACCCCUGUCAUCAUCUUUCUCUGAAUGCAUACAUCAUACUUGCAUCUGCCUAUAGAACAUGUGCAAACAGCUUACUAACAACUGGUUUGGGUGAGAAUAAUAAUUUGGAGUUCUUCAAGAUGGUCAGGGCUGCUGCAGCUUACUCAUUGCUGCUCGCAGGUGCCACACACCACUUAUUCUUGUCUGAACCCUCACUAAUAGCAACCACCACACAUUAUUUAAUAAGUGCAGGGGAAUCAAUAUUGAGUAUUGUUCAAAGUCCACCAUGGGGGUCGACUGGACCGAUAUAUAAAUCAGAAAUUUGCUGGGCGGUACAUCAUUCUCCGAACACCAGCAAAGAAGGUUCUGCUCUUCUUGGGGAUAAGUUCAAGGCUGCACCUGUGAGGUUUCUCGGAUGUACCUCAAGCAUUUUAUUGCAUUCCUGGCCAUUUUUAGCUCAAGGCUUCUGUUAUUUGGAAAGUAUUAGAAGUCCAAUAGAUUUCAGCUGGCUUGAUUUGGACAUGGUUCGAUCUCAGACUUUUGCUGUUGGGAGAGAUACUACUAAUUUUGCUAAGCCAGAGUGUUCUGAAUGCAAAUACCAAGCAGAAAUGUCCAUUGAAAAAGAAAGGAAGGGCCUCUUUCAGCUUGCUGUUCAUUGUCUCAUCUAUGGUAGUUACCUAGCAAGCAUAUGCUUCGGUCCACGGAACUAUUUAACGGAUCAUGUUAAGGAGCUGCUGCAUGGUAGUUCUGGUUGUGCUUGUGUUGACAUUUUCUUAGGGCCCCAAUCUAAUGAAUGUAUGUGCUUUGCUGUUAGCAGUGUUAAUGAGAACCUUUUGGUGCAUGCAGGAGGGCUUAAUAGCCAUUGAAGCAUUAUGCAUUUGGAAGCAUGUAAAUUGUCUAUCUUGUUCAUCAGCUAGCUAGCACAUCUGUGUUGUUUAUAAAAGUUGCAGCCAAAUUCUGAAAUCGGGCUUUUAAACAACAGGGGUCUGGUUUUAAUACUGACUUCAGAUUAGUACAAGAACUCACACCAUCAAGAUAUAUCAUUUUUGAUUUCUUAUGUUAGCUUCACAAAGCAUAUACGGCAAAGUUUAAUUGAAAAGAUUGUAAGCAUGUUGAGCUCAAGGUAUGAACCAUCUUCCAGUAUGUUUUCUGAUGUGAACAAUAUAAUAUUUGUUUGUAACCUUUGGUGAGAGUUAUUUUGUUCCAAAUGUUUUUCAAAUGCUUCUUAAUUCAUCUCUCAGUUUAGUGGCAGGUAAAGCCUUAUAAAAGAUGCACUAGUUUAUGGCACAUCUCAUGAAAAAAGAAAAAGGUUUGGAUCAUUGCUGCUGGGUUUGCAAUUCUGGUCUCUCUGCUUUAAAUAAAGGUGCAGCACAAAUUAAAGUUGGCCUUUCCUUAUAAUAAUAAAUUCAGUUAUGCUUCCAAGUAUUCAAGCUUUGUUGCAUUGUUCCAUAAUUGCAGAAUAUAGAAAGGAACCCCAAGAAGCAGAGGAUCUUCACACUUUGAAGUUAUGUUUUCUCUCUCUUCAAUCAUAAAGGAGAGAUACUGAUCAAAGUAUCAGAUUUCUGAAGAAUAAUGCAAGUUGGCAUGUAGUAGUCCAAGGCUGGGCAGAACAUUGUAUCUGAAGCCUGAACGGGGAAAAUUUAAAACUGUCGGCUGCUUUCAGGUUUACUAAUUUUUCUCCAGUGAUUCUAAACCUGCAUUUCACUCCAUUACUCAGUCUAUUAUCGAUUUCCACUAAUAUCCCUGCCGUCACUUUUCCCGGAUUUCUGGGACUUGGAGGCCGACUUUAAACAUGAGUUCAGUUGAAUGGACGACGGAUGGUUACAUUGGAGUUUUACAUCAUGCACGGUAUCGACUGCUUCAAGGACCUUAAAUCUCUAUAGUUUUCAUAUUGAAGUAUUGAACUCACCUCAUAUGGGCAUCGUACCUGCUUUGAUGAUACGUAACACAAAGGUUUUAGAGGACGGCAACACUUGGGCAAUAACUAUAUGGGGAAGAUCGGUUAUGACUCAACCCACCACAAGCUCUUUGGGUUCUGCAUGGGUACUGUGCUGCGACCUUUUUUUUUUUUUGUGUGUGUAUCCGAUUUGCGUGUCGUGCUGAAGGCCGGAUGCAACUCUUGGUGCAGCACCGUCCACAUGACACCUCGAGGGACCACUACAAUGGCAUGCCUGAGGUGGGACCCUUCUCUUCUAAGUCUCCUUUGUUUAACUUUUCCUCUGGUACCACAAGAAGGUUGCCUCGUGUGUGACUCGCUUACUCUUCAAUUAUGAUAGCUUAUAAUUUAUAAAAAGUAAUUAAGAUUUUUGGCAGAUCCAAAA